AAUAUCUGCAUCUCUCCUAACCAACAAUGCGAGGGUUUAUUUUAAUACUCAACUUCUACUGCGUUAUUCAAUAUUCAGGGGCAAUAGAGGAAGAUUGUACUGAUUUCCAAGGGCAAACUAUUGAGCAUGGCGUAUUGUACGUGCCAGGUCCUGCAGUAUGUACCAUGUGCGUUUGUUACCAUAGUGAACCCAUGUGGUGCAAGGCCAUUUAUUGCGAUCCACCCUAUUUCUGUAAAAAGUUUCGUGUUGGUGCAAGAUGCUGCGAAUUUGAGUGUUUGGAUCCACCUGGAGAUGCUGCCUCCAAAAUGUUACAGGAGUAUAGGGAGAAGAGGCAAAGGAAAAAUAAUUCUACCAAUCACCGUAACUUGGACUUAUGUACCUUUAUAUCCUUAUGGCUACUAAAGCAAAUUAUCCUUUGAUUUAGAAAGCAAGCAUCUGUG